AUGGAGGGCACCGAGGCGGAGCGGCCGGUGGCCAACCCCCGCCUGGCGGCGGCCCUGGCGCGCGCCGCGCGGGUCAACCUCUCCGCGGACACGGCCCUGAGGCACCGGGCGGGGGAGCGGCGCAGAGAGGACCACCGGCGCCGGACGGAGGAGGCCUUCGGGCGCGAGGCCGCAGAGGCGAUGUGCUCGAAGCAGCAGGCGGCCGUGCAGGAGUGGGACAGCGCGCAGGACUACGAGCGGUGGCUCAAGAGGAAGGUGGGCCUCGAGGACUGGCAGGCCGAGCGCGAGGAGGCGGAGAGGCGGUGGCAGCAGCAGGAGCAGGCGGACUACAUGGCCGCGCUGGCCGCGUCGCACCGGCGAGGGCUCGCUCAGGCCUCGGACCAGCCGCGGGAGCAGACUCGGCCACGCGCAGAGCGGGGCGCCGAGCGCCCUCAGCAAGUUGCCCUGCAAGAGUUCCUGGUCGACAACAGCGCCCUCGGGGCGGAUGCUCCGGGCGUCGCCUACCGCCUGAGCCGCAACAUGCAAGACAAGGACGCUGCGAGCCCAGUCGUCCCUUGGGGGGCUGCAGUGUGGGGCGUCGACCAGGGCGACGGCUGGAUACAGGUGGGCAAAAGGUUCUUGCCGCUUGAGGUGCAGGGUGCCGCUGUGCUCGUCCCUCAGCGCGUGGCCGAGCGUGAGGGAGAGGAUGCAUCUGGCAGCGCGCCCGCCGCAGAGGCCUGCGGAGGCUCAGAGCAGCUGACGGCUGCCCAGCAGAUGGCGGCCCAGAAGGAGGAGGAGCUCCAGCAGAUGCUCAAGAAGAGGGCAGAGGAGGACGAGGCAGAUGCCUGGCAUGCGGCGGAGAGGGAGAAGGCAGCAGCGCGCAGGAGAAGGGCGCUGGACACGGCCAUGCAGGAGGCGCGGGCGAGGGAGAAAGAUGCGGGCGAAUCUCUGACGUUGUCUGGGACUGAAGACUCAGGCCUUAGGCGCCACCACACCCUGCUGGGCCUGCCACAGGAGGCACUGGCAACGAGGUGCCGCGCAGACGAAGGCCCAGGCAGCAGCCGCGCUGUCGCAAGCAGGCUCCCGCGCGUCGACGACGUGGAGGACUACGACUUCGACUUCGCAGGCGACGGGAGGCCGUUCCGCUUCGCUCGUGGCCGCGCGUCGCGCGUCUGCGCGGAGAGCGGGCCGCAGCGGCGAGAUCGGGCGCGGCUGGCCCUCGCGCAGCUGCGGGGCAGCGAGCCGAUGCAGCUGGCCCUGCGCGGGGGCUUCGUGCGGCACGUGGGCCCGCAGUCCCCCUUCGGAGGGCUGGGGGAGAGCGGAGGCUCCCACAGACUGGCGCAGCCCGAGCUCCGGGCUCGGCUCCGCGACUUUGUCGUCGGCAGGGCGCGGCGGUCGGCGCUGGGCGGCGCGGGCCCGCGCGGCGCCGGGCUGCGGUACGCCUCGCUGGGCAGCGGGCGGCUGCUGCUCGACCUGGAGCUGCUGGAGCGGCUGCGGCUCGCGGGCGUGCGCGUCGAGCAGGUGUGCCUGGUCGACAGGGCGUACCGCCGUCCCAGCGCCGACGUCCGGCGGGCGCUGCGGGAGUUCGCAGACUGGCAGCGGGCAGCCGCGGAGAUGCUGAGGCACGCGCCGGCCGAGGUCCUCGUCUUCGGGACGCUGGGCGACUACUACGAGGCUGCCAGGGGUGCUGGUAGGGCCGCAGGCUGCCACCUGCUGGUGCAGUGCGACGCCCACUGGCGGGGAGCGCCAGCUGAUUGCGAACGCCUCGCGCUGCGGGCGCUGGUGCCCGCAGGCUUGCUUGUCUGUCUCACGAACCGGGAGCUUCCACACAACCAGAUGCGGUCUGUGGUGGGCGCGUUUGCUGGUGACUCGCAGGCCGACGAUGAGGCGAGAGAUUUCGAGCUUGAGCCGUGCACCGAGCCAUACACCCUGGCGGCGUGGGAGGUGCAGACGUGGCCCGCUGAGUGCUGCAAGCUGCCGUCCCUCGUGCCUAUCCAGGAUCCUCUUUUGAGUGACAUCGGAGCCGCUCAGCAGCCGAGCAGGCCAGAGGCGGGAGGCGACCGGUGGCGUGUCGUCCACGCACGGGUGGCGGUGCGCUCGGGCCCGUCGCCACAGAACGCGGUAGUGGACGUGUUCAACUGCGGCGACGAGGUCGUUGCCAUCGGCGAGGCCGAGGGCGGUUGGCUGCGGCUGUGCCCGACGUCCUGGAGCAGUGUGGACGACGCUCCCCCGGAGGCGUGGGUGCUGAGCGACGGCAGCUCGGUGGGGCUCGGGGCGCUCCUGCGGCGCGCGUCCUCGGCGGUGCCGUGAGCGCCCCCCGGGUCUCGCGGGCAGCGUCCCCGCGCUGGCUCUGGGCGCACAGCGGGCGGCGCCGAGAGUCGGAGGAUCCACAGUGUUGACCCCCCUUUGGCACUGCCUGGGCAUAAGAGGAGUCCGAUGCCUUUGCCUCGAGGCGUCGCGAAACAAAGCAAGCACGACCGGACCGGUGGCGGUCAAGCAGAUUCAUGGCCGGGAGGUUUGUCUGUUCGGACCCAGGGCCGUCAAGCAGCGAUCCGCGAGGGGAGACUUGCCCUGCGGAUGGGGUGCAGGAGCCUUGAGGGCGCAGGUCGUGAAAGCCUCACGGCGUCGGGUGUCUCGGCAGAGUUCGAGGCGGCGGCCGUGUGCUCCGACGUCUCCCCUCUGUCCGCCCCCUCGUCCUGC